GUCUGGUGAUUGGCUGGUUUUGCUCAUCAUUUCCCUGCUAGGAAAAGGGAAGGGCCAGUGACGCCCCCGAACCCAGCUGCAGAAGCGGCCGCCACCUCCAAUGUACAAGGUGUCUCAUCUGAGAAGAAACCUGAGCCCCAGGGAGGCGGCGCGGAGCGACCCGGGCAGGGCUGGCGGGAACCCGGAGGGAGAGCGCUGGGCAGCGCUCAAGGACCAGCGGAGCUCGGACGCAGAGGACCCUUGCGACCUGUUCCUGAGAUCCCGGCUCCACGUUCUCCUCGAAUUUUACAGAUUUUCCCCCGCGACUUAUCUCCCCAAAACGGAGCCUUUCUAUGAAGAGAAGGUGAGGGAGCUGGGGCAACCAGGACUUUCCCGGGCACCCAAGAUGCGCUCCAUUAGGAAGAGGUGGACGAUCUGCACGAUAAGUCUGCUCCUGAUCUUUUAUAAGACAAAAGAAAUAGCAAGAACUGAGGAGCACCAGGAGACGCAACUCAUCGGAGACGGUGAACUGUGUUUGAGUCGAUCCCUUGUCAAUAGUUCUGAUAAAAUCAUUCGAAAGGCUGGCUCGUCAAUCUUCCAGCACUCUGUAGAAGGUUGGAAAAUCAAUUCCUCUUUGGUCCUGGAAAUAAGGAAGAACAUUCUUCGUUUCCUAGAUGCGGAAAGAGAUGUCUCAGUGGUCAAGAGCAGUUUUAAGCCUGGUGAUGUCAUACACUAUGUGCUAGACAGGCGCAGGACAUUAAAUAUUUCUCAGGAUCUUCACAGCCUCCUACCUGAAGUCUCACCAAUGAAAAAUCGCAGAUUUAAGACCUGUGCAGUUGUUGGAAAUUCUGGCAUUCUGCUAGAUAGUGAAUGUGGAAAGGAGAUUGACAGUCACAACUUUGUAAUAAGGUGUAAUCUAGCCCCUGUGGUGGAGUUUGCUGCAGAUGUGGGAACUAAAUCCGAUUUUAUUACCAUGAACCCAUCAGUUGUACAAAGAGCAUUUGGAGGCUUUCGGAAUGAGAGUGACAGAGAAAAAUUUGUGCAUAGACUUUCCAUGCUGAAUGACAGUGUCCUUUGGAUCCCUGCUUUCAUGGUCAAAGGAGGAGAGAAGCACGUGGAGUGGGUUAAUGCAUUAAUCCUUAAGAAUAAACUGAAAGUGCGAACUGCCUAUCCAUCCUUGAGACUUAUUCAUGCUGUCAGAGGUUACUGGCUGACAAACAAAGUUCCCAUCAAAAGACCCAGCACAGGUCUCCUCAUGUAUACACUUGCCACAAGAUUCUGUGAUGAAAUUCACCUGUAUGGAUUCUGGCCAUUCCCUAAGGAUUUGAAUGGAAAAGCCGUCAAAUAUCAUUACUAUGAUGACUUAAAAUAUAGGUACUUUUCCAACGCCAGUCCUCACAGAAUGCCAUUAGAAUUCAAAACAUUGAAUGUGCUGCAUAAUAGAGGAGCUCUGAAACUAACAACAGGAAAGUGUAUAAAGCAAUAAAGCACAUUUGAAAACAUACAAACUGAAUACGCACUUCUUUUCUGAAGAUGCUUCCUAAGAUUUGAAAAUGGGAUCCAAAAUCAGACUGAGUUUCAGCAUCCACCAAGAAUCUAGAUACAAGGUGAUAGAGGACAUUUAUGAGAAAUCUGCUACCAGCUGAUGAAAUACCUGCAAAGUGCUCUAAAAAACACAUAUUUUGACUUCAAGGGUCCUAGUAAGUGCCACUUCCACUAAGAACACAGUUUGAAUGUAUAAUCAGUAGUGUUUACAAGAUCCAACAAUGCACUUGUCAUUAGUUAAUGAGGCAAAUGUGUUCAUCACUGUUGGGCUGCCAUGGCAAUGCCAAGCACAUUAAAAGAGUCGCCCAGGAAUACAACUCAGCCCUGGGGAUUAAACCAUCCUUGUCAGCAGAAAUCGAGAUGGAAAUAGUUUGAGCAGUGAAAUCCGUAAGAUGAAACAACUCAAGUAAAUGCCUUCAGUCAGGACUCUGAGUCUGAUCAUGAACUUUAUGUUUUUGUUUUUGUUGUUUUUGUUUUUGUCUUCUGGAGUCUCUUUUGGUUUGGGUAUAGGGUGUUUAGAAAUCUUUUCUGAGAUAAAUAUGAAUGAGAUAAAUAAUCUUCAAGGAAUCAUUUUUGAAGUUCUUAUAUUUUUAAAGAGCAAUCACAUGACGACUUUGUAAAAGAGUUUUAUUUUGCACAACUCUAGACCUCCAGAUUUUUUUCCAGGGGUGUAGAAGGUACCAGCUAAACUGUACCACUCAGUCAUCUUGAGCCAUUCUAAAGGAGAGAUGUUCUGUGUCAUCUGAGAUGGUAAAAUUAGCAGAAAGAAAACAAGCACUUUUGGUACCAAAGAUUGUGCUGAUGUUUCUACACAACAAACCAUUCUUCUUUCAUGAAAAUAUUGUAUUAAUAUAUUAUUAUGCUACUAAUAUGGAAGUUGUCUUUAGAGAUAUUAAAGCUUUCAAACUCAGACUUCAUCUUUAUUUGAAGGAAGAUUUCCAUAGCUUUUACAUUUCGUAAUAAUUGUGUGGAAGCAUUUUGCCCUUUAGAAUAAGUAUUAGACUGAGAGGGCUGAAAUGAGACUUCCAGUUCUUUGAUAUUCCCUUUAUUCUUCAGAUGGAAAGAUUGGCAUUCUCUUUACGUCACUGUUAAAUUUUCUUAGUGCAGAAACAACAUGAUUAGUAGAAUGUUGUCUUCAUAACAGAUGAUUAAUUUAAGAGGUUUAAUAAUGAAUCUGUGUGUCAGUAUUUGCACUUCAAGUGAAUUAAAUUGGCCAAUAUUUUCCUGUGGUUAAAUUUAUUCACAUUAUCACAUUAAUGUGUUUUCAAAGAAGCACAUGAGAUUAUUAAGAAAGUGAUUCAAAAAGUUUUAACAUGUGAUAGAAUUGACCAAUAGGCCAGUUUUCUGUUAACUUAUACUAUACUGGUAGGUAAUCCUAAUGGCAAACUGUUUAGAAAGCAGGAGUACUAUGUUCCCACUUCUACUCUUAGCCUGAAACACUUACGUGACUUACUGUUUCUUACGGAAAGCAGUCUGAGGAAAGAAGAAAUAGCAUGGGGAAUAUGUAUGUUUUGUUUCUUAGGAAAGACAGUCUGAAAAAAGAAAAAAGAAAUAGC